AUGGAUUUAAAAGACAUAAAGGGUUUCCUUUAUGGAUGGCUAGGAAAGCAGAAGAUUGGUGCUCCGCAGUAUACAAUUAACGCCGUAACUCGUGGUGGAACCCAGAGAUUCAAGUGUGAACUACGUGUACCAGGACAUAACUACGUGGGAUUGGGUAACUCACUCAAUAAGAAGGAUGCAGGAACAAAUGCAGCCUUGGAUUUUUGCAAUUACCUUGUACGUCAGGGUCUACUCAAAUCAUCGGAUGUUCCAGCUCUUGAAGUGCAUUCGUGGUUAUUUUUGUCAUAUGUGUUCAGUAGUUCCUUAGGUAUAGAGGUUUCGUGUGAGCUCUCUUGUUUUCAGGGAGACGGUUCAGCAGGAUGGAAAAGAGCUCCUCCAUCGGCUCAUGACCAGUAUGUCACGCAGAAAGCUGAAGAAAUCGCUCAGUCUGAGAGUGUGGAUCUGAAAGCUGAAAUUCAUGGUGGUUGGACUAUGGAUAACAGUAAAAAGGCACUUAAUGAGUUUCUGCAGAAAUUGCGUCUACCACCUAUUGGGUACAACACAGUAAUUGAGCAAAAAAACUACGUUGUUGUAGAAAUAUUUGGGCGAGGUCAAGGUUCUUCAAAAAAGGUGGCCGAGGCGGGCUGCUCUACGACUAUUGUUAGACAACUGUUCCAUUUGAGAAUGUUAUCCGAAUUUAAGGGUGAACGGAAAAAGUCGGCUGUUACAAUGCUUCCGGAAAUUCCUAUCUUGAUUCCACCUUCUUUGGCAGAACGUGUGAAAAAGCACGUGCUUAAUUCGGGUGUGACACCGGUUUCUUUCACAGAAGAGGACAAUCCUACACAAGAAAGACCAAAAUCGCUGCUGACAAACUGCAAAUUGGAUCAGUUUCCUGACUCAGAGGCAACGCCACCCGGAAAUAUUUCAUGGGCCCCUCCAAUGCAGAAUUGGAACGCAUGGCGUGCUAGCAAUAUUGAUGAGCCUCCCCUAGCCUUUAUGUCACUUCCCGAAAUUAGUGCGAAGCUAAGAGGAUUAGAGGAGUCAAAGGCAGUGAAUGCAAGCAUGGCAACGUGCAGGGAAAAACUACCUGUGUUGCAGUUCAGAGAUGAAAUAUUGAAUACUGUGAGAGCAAAUCCUGUCACUCUGAUUAAAGGAGAAACCGGGUGCGGGAAAAGCACUCAGGUGGUGCAGUACCUUCAAGACUCAUUUAUUUGGAGUGGACAUGGGGCCGAGUUUAAUGCGUUCGUUUCGCAACCAAGAAGAAUAUCAGCGAUCUCUUUAGCUGAACGAGUAGCCUCCGAAAGGGGCGAAGAAUUGGGGGAAUCCGUUGGAUAUGGUGUCAGGUUCGAUAGUAUUUCACCUCGGCCUUAUGGCGCUGUUAUGUUUUGCACUGUCGGAGUUUUGUUAAGAAAAAUGGAAAGUGGAUUACGCGGAAUUUCUCAUAUAAUAAUUGAUGAAAUUCAUGAACGCGACGUUAACACCGAUUUCAUCCUUAUCGUUCUACGUGAAAUGCUUCGCGAAUAUACUGAUCUUCGCGUGAUUUUGAUGUCAGCAACAAUCGACACGAAGAUGUUUGUAAAGUUUUUUAAUGGCAUCUGUCCAGUUAUCGAAAUGAAAGGAAGAACAUUCCCAGUGCAGCAUUUUUUUCUUGAAGACAUACUACGAAUGCUAAAAUAUAUGCCACCACCUCCGGAGAAAAAAAGAAAAGAAGAUGACAAAAAUCUAAACAUUUUAACUGGCGAUGUGAGUCCAGAACUUAAGAUUGCGAUGGCGAAUCUUAGUGAGAAGGAAAUACCAUUGGGUGUUAUUGAGGCUAUCCUAACUGACAUUGCAACUCGUGGUGAGGCCGGGUCAGUUUUGGUGUUCCUGCCAGGUUGGAAUGAGAUCAUGCUCGUCAUGAAUUUUCUCAAUAACCACUCCGAAUUUUCAAAUCAAUCGAAAUAUGUUAUUCUUCCACUUCAUUCACAACUUACUGGUGCAGAACAGCGUAAGGUUUUCGAUCAUUAUGGCGAUCGUAUGAGAAAGAUUAUCCUAUCUACAAAUAUUGCUGAAACAAGCAUCACCAUUGAUGAUGUAGUGUUUGUGAUUGAUUCGUGCAAGGUAAAAGAAAGGAUGUACACGUCGAACAAUAACAUGGUACAUUUUGCGACUGUGUGGGCAUCUCGCACCAACUUGGCACAAAGACGUGGUCGUGCUGGUCGUGUGAGACCAGGCUUUGCCUUCCACUUGUGCAGUAAGGCUCGAUUUGAUGCGCUCGAGCAGCAUCGUACUGCUGAAAUUCUACGUACACCGCUACACGAAGUAGCACUAACUAUCAAACUGCUUCGUCUAGGAAGUGUUGGCGACUUUCUUGAAAAAGCUCUUGAAGCGCCACCUUAUGACAUGAUAGUCGAAAGUGAGGCAAUGCUGCAAAGCAUUGGAGCUCUUGACCGCCACUUAGAACUUACCAGCCUUGGUCAAAUUCUUGCUCGACUUCCCAUAGAACCAAUGAUUGGAAGAACAAUAGUCAUGGGGGUCGCUCUGGGUAUUGGCUCUUUGAUGUGCGACAUAGCAGCUGCAUCAUCCUUUUCAUCACCUUUUGUACCUCGUGAGCGGUCACACACGCGACUAAAUUCGUCUCAGCGCGCGUACGCAGGCGAUCGAUGGUCGGACCACAUAGCUUUGGUUGGUGAUGGUUCAUCAGAGGUGGGCAGUCAUGCAGAAGUAUCAUUGUGUAAUUGUGUUUCGUUGAGUCAGACCAUCCUGAAAAUGACUGUAGGUGCCAAACGUCAACUGAUCGACGUGCUCACUAAUCAGUGUGGCUUCGAAGGUGAAUUAUUUACUGACUGGAUGUCUGCAUCAGAAAGUGACUACGAUCUGUUAUUAUCGUUACUUAUUGCUGCUUACUACCCAAAUAUCUGCUACUAUCGAGGAAAGAGAAAGGUGCUUGUGUAUACUCUUGAACAAGCCUCUGCACUAGUAAGCAAAAGUUCUGUUUUGACGCCAUUUCAAGGCGAUAAUUUUGAAUUACCUUCUCCACUGAUUGUGUUCUCAGAGAAGCUUCGUACCCGUGUCAUCUCGUGCAAGCAGUUAUCAGUAAUUUCGGGAGUACAACUGCUUUUGUUUGGCUGUCGCAAAAUUGAAUGUGUUGGUAAAGACUUGAUUAGGAUGGACGACAUGAUCACACUUAAAAUGGAUGUAUCUGUGGCCGCAUCGAUUGUAGCACUGCGUCCAUGUAUUGAAGCGAUGCUGGUUAGAAGUUGUUUGAAUCCAGAAUCACUUAUGGCAGCUAAUCGGGAAUUAUGCUCAUUACUUCGAGAGUUGUCAUCACGUAGAUUCUACGCAAGUGGUGGCCCGAUGAAGGAUGAUCUGUUGACAGAUGCGGCUUUGGUAGUUAUUAAGUCUUUUCUUUUCCUGUUCUUUUUAUGCCAUUUUGAAAUGUAG